AUGGAUUCCGACUCCAUAGCCGAGGCGCUUGACUCUCACCUCGAAUCCGCCUUAAAUAGCGGGACAACAAGCGAAUGGGGACGGGACCCAGAUUCGUCGGUGUUGGGCUUGGAAAACAGAACGAAGACAUGGGCGAUGCGGGAGGCAACGCGUUUAGCUACCAUUCUGGGUGCUGGCAAAAGGAGACAAAAACAGGACAAUCGCGACAUGUCUCCGUACCCCGAGGACGAUCACGGACCACGCUCGCACCACCGUUCACAACACAAAUCACGCCCCCGCAACGCAUCCCCGUACUUCUUCGAGGACGAUCACGGACCACGCUGGUACCGCCACUCACAAAACAAAGCACGCCCCCGCAACGCGUCCCCGUACUUCUUCGAGGACGACCACAGAUCACGCUCGCACCAGCACUCACAAAACAAAUCACGCCCUCGCGACGUGUCUCCGUACCCCGCGGACGAUCACGGAUCACGCUCGCACCGUCAUUCACAAAACGGAUCACGCUCGUACAACCGCUCACAAAGAGAACACCCCAUUUGUGAUCUGCGAUGCAUGGACUGGGAUGAUUUCAGUUCCUUCAAGUCAGACAGAGGCCUUGCGUCAUUUGUCAUUGACAUCUUAAUUGGAGAGCCGACCGUCCGGCGCCCGUCGCACCGUCAUGUCUUCCGAAACCACCUGAUAAACACGAAUGAGUUAAGAGACUCGCACAGUGAGUCGUCGGUCAACUAUAGCGGCCAAACACAGCUACCAGAGCGGAUUCGAAUCCACUCAAUGGAAUUGAUCUCGGUUCUCAGGAGAACUCGUGGCAUUCCCCCGAAGCUAUUCAGAGACACGAGCUCCGACGAACUCACCAUGCUUCGUCCUUAUUGCUUCCUUACCUUUUACAGUGACGCAAUCCGUGACAUGCACCAGGAGCUUAUAGGAGUGAAAUCCGGCAUGAGACGCGCAUUACAACACUCCAAUGCGUCUUCUGCUUCCCGUGUUCGGUCAACGGAUGCCGUUCCUCCCUCGCCUCGUGAUCCUCUCUGUUCUCCGGAUUCUCCCGCUGCUAAAAUGCCUCUACUUCCCGACCGCAUCACAUUAGAAAUAGAGCACACGGAAUGCAUUAUUCGCUUCAUGGACGACUACAUUUCCAAGCGCGUUUCGUGGCUUCACUCCGCACGUUGCCAGAGGAUCUACUUUACUGACAUCUGGCACCUUUACCAACCUGGCGACUUGGUCGUAUCCACCAACGGCAAACAAGCCUACCAGGUUGUGUCUGUUUACACUGGAGCCCACCACGGACACAAUUUGGAAAAGGACGUUUACUACGGAACGGGUGACCAGGAUGCUGCGAUAUACUGCGUAUCUGUUCAUUACGACGGCAUAUCGUUUGGUCCUGUCACCACAAGUUUCGUUAUUAAGAGGUUUGACGGUCUGAGAUUGAUUUCCAACAUGGAAGUCAUUCCUCUGCGUCACUUUCGAAGCCCCGACCUAGUACGGACUCUCGCCGGACUGACCGACGACGAAAAAGGACACGAAGCCGCAGAAGCGGCUGUUCGCAGCGAGACGGAGGCCUUCCGGGCGCGGCUGAUUGAGCGUGGCCGCCGGUGUGUGGAUGCAAUGGGCAUCAAGCACAUGUACUAUGCUGGUUGGACGGUGGACAGGCGCGACGAAGUCGAGGGCGAAGUCAUGAUUGAUACGCAAGAGGCCCUGAGCGAUUUUGUCAAACCUAACAACGUACCCAAGUUUGCUAAUUUAUUGGGGCAUCGCAUGGACGUCGCCAUCCUUGACAGCCGUUGCACAGCCAAUUGCUGCUGGGACCAGGAAGUACUGGAUGAAGGUAUUGUACAGAGAAUGGCGAAUGACUCUUUUUUUCCAAGAGCCUGGAAUGGUGACGGGAAAAAGACUUACAACAGCACCGACGCCGAAAAGCCAACCUCUCCCAUACCCGUGACCCUACUCCCACGCGAACUAGCCGAGAUCACAGCCGAUCCCAGUCUCCUGAGAGACAUUGACCUCAUGAUCAUGUCGUACAGCGUGUACGGCUAUUUUCUGCGCGACCGUUCUUGGGGUAAGCAUAAGCAUUGA